AGAGCCGUUGUACCUUCAAAUCUCAUUCCUAAUAGGCCAAUACACUCCGCAAUAACUUUAUGAUAUUUUCCCCAACUUUAUGAUAUUUUCAUCGACAACAAAUCCAGGAUAUUUGGCGGCAACUUUCGCCUUUUUGGUACGAAAAAUGAAGAAAAUUCACUCAUCUUAGCGACAUACCCACUCUUCCAUUGAGCGCGUUCCUCUCACUCCCCUCAUUUAAGUUGCAACUCACCCUAACAACCUCUAAUCAAGUUAUCAAGCCCCUAACCCUCAGGCCCCAAAAUCAACAACUCCCAAAAAAUAUAUCAUUCUAAGUCACGUGUUUUCAACGAGCGUGAAGAUGAACAGAAAAAUUAUCGGAAUAAAAUGCCUUGGUUAGUAUUUUCAGUUUCUCUGAAACCUUAUGCCCUAGUAUCCUUUUUCACCUGAUUUAAAAAAAAAAAAAAAACCCAAAACUUGAAGCAACUCAAAAUCCGAACUUUUUUCUCCUAAAUUGAUUUCUAAGCGAUUUUGCUUCAUGGGUUUCUCAUAAUUUUCGAUUUCCAAUUCGGAACGAUCCAACUCAGCGUUUCUCUGGUGAGUUAAGUACUGAGUUCGAUCGAUUUUUAUGUAUCUGUAAAAACCAUUGCUCUAUUGAAGCACCCCAUUGAGAAAAUUGAAAGAUGGAUCGUUAGUUGAAUACCCAUUUGCCUAAAGCUUUGAAUUAAAAUGAUAUGCGAUAGUUUGUGAAGCUUUAGAAGAAAUUUGAUAUAUAAGUUAGUGGUUUUCAUAUAUAUUUUGUGGGGGGUUUUGGUCAUGCAACUAUCACCUUCCUCAGUUUCUUCAUCGAAACGGAGGGAUUCUUGGCAACAAUCGGGUACUAGGCUUCGAAAGAAGCAUAAGAGAUUAGACGCAAUAUGUGAGGAAGAGUAUAAUAGGAACCAUGGAGAGGGAAAUGAGGGGGAUGGUGUUGAUGGGUCGGGGAGUGUGGAUGUGGAGCUCCGUAGGAGCUUACGGGUCAGGAAGGCACCUGUUAUUUUGGAUGUGUCGCCUCCGCCUCCGAAGAAAAGGCGGAAGAUUGGGAAGAAUGGGAGAUUUUGUCGGGGGAGGAGGAGCUUAGGGAGUGUGAAGGAGGAGAAAGAGGAGGAGGAGGAGGAGGAGACGAGGGAGGUGCUGACUCUGGGGAGUUGGAGGUCAAGGUUGAGGACGAGGGGAAGGGAUGUGAGUCUUGAAGUGAAGAUGGAGGAGAGAGUUUUGUCCAGUAGGAGGAGGAAGCUUUUUGAGGAUACAGGUGGGAAUGAGGAGGAGGAUGAGGAUGUGGAUGCAGAUGAGGUUGAGGAUGAGGAUGAGGAUGAGGAUGAGAAUGAGGAGAAGGAGAAGGAGACGGAAGAGGAGGGUGAAAUGGAUGGUGGGGAAAUGAAGGCUGCAAAAUCCAAGAGGCCGAGGAGUAUUAAGGCAGCAAGUGGUAGAGAGAGUGAAGAAAAGGCUGAGAUUUGUGGCAUGGAAGAAGAAAGGGAGCUGGAAAAAGAGGAAAUUAAAGGGGAAGGGCUAGUGGAGGGUGCUCCUGUUUUAGACAGAGAAAUAAGUCAUGGAAAUAAUAGGAAGGAUGAGGUUGUGGAGGGUCCAGCAGUAUUAGAGAACGUAAUGAGUCAUGGAAAUGAGGAGAGGAUAGAUGGUAAUGUGGUUGAGUUGGUUAAAGAAGAAGAUAGAGAGGUAUCAAAUUGUAUACAAUCAGAGGAGGGGUGCAUUGGCCAUGAAAAUAUUGAGGUAACUGAAACAAUUGAAAGAGUGGAACUGAGGGAAGAACAAGUGCAACAGUUAGAAUGUCAGAAUGAAAGAGAAAAUGAAGACGAUGUUGUAGAAGUCGAAAAUGUUCCAGAGGAAGUUGAAGAUGUUGGUGUUCAUGAUGCAAAAGAUGAUGGAUUGGUGAAGAUUGAUGAAAAACCUUCAGAAUAUCAGAGUGAUAUGAAGGUACAGGAGUCAAAUCAAGCAGCUGCUGAUACAAUUGGCAAGCCACGUAUCAAACAAGGGAGAAGGUGUGGUUUGUGUGGUGGUGGAACUGAUGGAAAACCCCCAAAGAAGCUGGUCCAUGAUGCAGGUGAUAGCGAAAAUGAAGCAUACAGCUUUUCAGCUUCAGAGGAACCAAACUAUGACAUUUGGGAUGGGUUUGGUGACGAACCUGGGUGGCUUGGUCGUCUCCUGGGUCCUAUAAAUGAUCGUUAUGGUAUUGCUGGAAUCUGGGUUCAUCAACACUGUGCUGUAUGGAGUCCUGAGGUUUAUUUUGCUGGCUUGGGUUGCUUAAAAAAUGUUAGGGCAGCGCUUUGCAGAGGAAGAGCAUUAAAAUGCAGUAUAUGCGGGCGGCCAGGAGCAACAAUUGGUUGCCGUGUUGAUCGGUGUCCAAAAACAUACCACUUGCCUUGUGCAAGGGCUAAUGGAUGUAUCUUUGAUCAUCGCAAAUUUCUCAUAGCCUGCACUGAUCAUCGGUAUCUCUUCCAACCACAUGGUACUCAAUAUUUAGCCCGGAUAAAGAAAAUGGAAGCUAAGAAAAUGAAGUUGGAAAUGAGGAAGGUAUCAAAUGAUGCAUGGAGAAAGGAUAUUGAAGCUGAAGAAAAAUGGUUGGAGCAUUGUGGUGAGGAUGAAGAGUUCUUGAAACGUGAGGGCAAGAGACUUCAUCGGGAUUUGUUAAGAAUAGCACCUGUCUAUAUUGGAGGCUCAGAAUCUGAGAGUGGGAAAUCUUUUGAGGGUUGGGAAUCUGUUGCUGGCUUGCAGGAUGUUAUCCGAUGCAUGAAGGAAGUUGUCAUCUUACCACUAUUAUAUCCUGAGUUCUUUGACAAUCUGGGGCUUACACCUCCCAGAGGUGUUCUUUUGCAUGGCUAUCCUGGAACAGGUAAAACUCUUGUAGUGCGAGCAUUGAUUGGUUCUUGUGCUCGCGGCAAUAAACGGAUUGCAUAUUUUGCCCGCAAAGGUGCUGACUGCUUAGGAAAAUAUGUUGGUGAUGCUGAACGGCAGCUUAGGCUCUUGUUCCAGGUUGCUGAGAGAUGUCAACCUUCUAUAAUAUUCUUUGAUGAGAUAGAUGGCUUAGCACCUCGGCGGACAAGGCAGCAAGAUCAGACACAUAGUUCAGUUGUGUCCACAUUGCUGGCUCUGUUAGAUGGUUUAAAGUCCCGAGGUUCAGUGGUGGUGAUAGGGGCAACUAAUCGCCCUGAUGCUGUUGAUCCCGCAUUGAGGAGGCCAGGGAGAUUUGAUCGAGAGAUUUAUUUUCCACUGCCAUCAUUGGAGGACAGGGCUGCAAUCCUUGAACUUCAUACUAAAAAAUGGCCAAAACCAGUUGCUGGAUCUUUGCUCAAAUGGGUUGCAAGAAAGACAGUAGGGUUUGCUGGUGCAGAUUUGCAGGCUCUUUGUACUCAAGCAGCUAUUAUUUCUUUGAAGAGGAAUUUUCCUUUGCAGGAUAUGUUGUCUGCUGCUGAAGAGAAAAGUCCUGGUGCUAAACGUGUUCCUCUCCCUAUUGUUAGAGUUGAGGAAAGGGAUUGGUUGGAGGCUUUGUCAUGUUCCCCACCUCCUUGCUCACGUAGAGAGGCAGGAAUGGCUGCUCAAGAUUUAGUUGCCUCUCCUCUUCCUACCCAUCUCAUUCCUUGUCUAUUGGAACCAUUAUCCACCUUGCUUGUUUCUCUUCAUUUGGAUGAACGCCUCUGGUUGCCACCCCUUCUUUCUAAAGGUGGUGCAGUGAUUGAGAGUGUGCUUGUUUCCACAUUGCAUGACAAGAGACUGCCCAAGGAUCAUUGGUGGUCCCAUCUUAAUGACCUUCUUCAAGAAGGAGAGGUUGCUAAGGAGAUAGAGAGAAAGCUGUCACGUGCUGGAAUGUUAAUUGGAGAGACUAGCUUUGCUGAUUAUGAUGCUUUCAUAGGUGAUAUUAGUGAUGAUGGUGCUAAGUUUGAACCCUCAAUAGUGCGUAAUGGAAGCACAUUCUCUAGUUUGUCACGAAAUACCUGUUUUACUUCAACAAGGAAAACAGGGUUUCAGAUAUUAGUUGCUGGAAGUCCCAGGUCUGGCCAAAAGCAUCUUGCUUCUUGUCUUCUUCACUGUUUCAUCGGGAAUGUUGAAAUACAGAAAGUUGAUUUAGCUACAAUUGCACAAGAAGGACAUGGUGACUUAAUUCACGGAGUGACUCAAAUUUUAAUGAAAUGUGCAAGCUUGGGGUCAACUGUGGUUUUUAUGCCAAGAAUAGAUUUGUGGGCUGUGGAGACAAUUGAUCAAGCUGCUGAGGAGAGCAAUUCAUCUUCAACAUUCCAUCAAGCUCCUAUGGUGGAAGAUCCUGAAGUUGUUGAAAAGGAAAAUGAAUCCUCUCUGCAGCAAUCUGAAUUGGCAGAGACGGUGGAGGCUACAGUAGCUGUUCAAAGCGUCUCACAUGCCUGGAGCUCAUUUGUUGAGCAAGUGGAAUCUAUUUGUGUGACUACAUCCUUGAUAAUUCUGGCUACUUCUGAAGUUCCAUAUCUGGAACUCCCUGAUAGAAUAAGGCAAUUUUUUAAGGGUGAUCUACCAAAUUGCAGUCAGAAAACUACAUUAGAGCACAUUGUACCCAGAUUCACUGUUCAUGUUGGUGGGAAUUUUAACCAUGAUAUGGCUAUCAAACUAUCUGCUUCAGAGUUAUCAAGGGAUAUCCUUCAAUUGUUUGUUCAUUUAAUUCAUCAAAGAUCUCAUGUCCAUGAAGAUUCCAAAACAAAAAAUUCUGUCCAAACCUAUGGAGCUGCAGAAAAUGACAAUAUAUCUCAUGGUUUGGCCUGUGAAGUGGGGGUUGGAUCACAAUUGCAUGGUGAUUUGUCUGUCAUAGCGGCAGCACUACCAGUCAACAGUAGAAAUUUGAAGAUGAAAUCAAGCUUGAUGCUGGCAAUAACUUCAUUUGGCUAUCAAAUUUUGCGAUAUCCUCAUUUUGCAGAGCUUUGCUGGGUGACAUCAAAACUUAAAGAAGGUCCUUCUGCAGAUAUAGGUGGUCCCUGGAAGGGCUGGCCAUUCAACUCUUGUAUCAUUCGUCCCACCAACUCAUUAGACAAGGGAGCUGUUGCUUGUGGCUCCAGCAACAUUAAAAACAAAGAGAUAUUUGGUUUGGUCAGAGGUCUUGUUGCUGUUGGUUUAUCAGCAUACAGAGGUGUGUACACAUCACUUAGAGAAGUUUCAUCUGAGGUACGGAAGGUUCUUGAGCUCCUAGUUGGGUGGAUUAAUGCAAAAGUUAACACUGGAAAAGACAGAUAUCAGUAUGUUCGUAUUUUAUCUCAAGUUGCUUAUAUGGAAGAUAUGGUUUACAGUUGGGUGUAUUCACUGCAGAGUUUAGAUCAGGAUGUUCAAAUAAAAGCAGCGAGCUCCAAACCAUAUGCUUUGGGGUCUCCAGAUAAUCAUUUUACAUGUGUGAAUGAUACAGAUCAAACUAAGGAAUACAAGUCUCGAAGUUGCCCUGAAUCAGAAGGUCUGGGUGCUAACACCAAGGAAUUCCCUGUGAAGAAUAUUGAUUUCAUUGACUUAAACAAAAUGGACGAUGAUUUUGCUCCUAAUCACGAGGAAAAAGCUGAACUUUUUGAAGAAGCUGCACAGGGGAUUGGCCUUGACGGUAAUACCACUUCCGAGGAGCAUCUUAAUUCUUCUCUGCUCAACCAACCAAUUGUUCAUGUAGAAAAGCAGAAUGUAACAAAUCCUGGACCUUGUGGGUCAGAAAGCACUAGAACUCCUAUGGUGGAGGUAGAAUUAACUGUGCAAAAUAUAGACUGCAUUGACUUGAACAAGAUGGAUGAUGAUUGUGCUCCUAGUCAGCAGGGAAAAGUUGCUGCUGUGGAAGAAAAUGUAGAGCAAAAAGGUCUCAGCGAUAAUUCUACUAUGGUGGAGCAUCAUAACUGUUCUGUGGCUAAGCAUCCAGUUCUUGGAGACAAGCAGAAUGGGGCAAAUCCAGGACCGAGUGGGUUAGAAAGUACUAGAAAUCCUAUGGUUGAGGGAGAUCCUGGGUCCUCAAUACAAUCUAAUGGAUUUGCACUGAGUGAAUCCGUUCUUUCUGGGAAUGGAUUCUGUAAUUCAGAUGAACUGAAUGGUGCAAAGUUCUAUGGCUCUGGGAAAGCUUGCAACCAGAUUAAUGCUUCUGAAACAGAGAUCACUAUCACAUCUGAAGAUGGCAAGCCCAAAAACAAUGAACAUAAAGAAGAUCCCAAUUUCUCUUCAAGCGAAACUGCUCUUCCAACUGAAUCAGGGGUCACGUGCUUUUAUCGUUGCUGCUCUGGUUGCCUACAUACCCUCCUUAGUUUAAUGCAAAAAGUUCUGCUUAAACAAUGGAAAUCAGAUGGGAGCCAUUGGACGGUAGAUGAUGUUCAUGAUACAGUUGCAUUAUUGUCUGUGGAUCUUCUUUCAACAGUUAGGAAAGUUUAUGCUGCUGGAUGUAGCAGCAAUAAAUUUGAUGGCAACCUGAGAAAUGAAAAUCAUAGAAACUUAUCUAACUGUCCAGAAUGGAGCCCAUGCCGUUGCAAAAGCUCAGAAAAUAGUUUAGUUAUUCCAAUGCAGUGUAGCUGUCACUCUGUAGGCACCCCCUCUCCAAGUAUCCAAAUCGGGUUUGAUCCAAAAUUUGUUUACAGAGAUGGAGUGAUGGUUCCUAUGGAUUCUAACAAAGAAGUUUCUUUUCACUGUAAAUUCGAUACAUUGUGCCUUUGUUCUCUUAUAGAGUCUAUUAAUGACAAAGCAGCCUUUUGAUUGAUUUUGUUUUACAGCUUAGAUUGUCUGGCUGUGGCAAGGUGAGUUUCUUUGGAGAUUAAAAUCAAAUUUUGUUGGCUGAGUGUUUGCUUAAGGCAGUAUCGAAUCUUCGCCCACAAGGCAUACUAGGAUGGUCUUGCUUUCUUUCCUACUCAAACUGCUUCCCCAAAUUUUGGUUCUCCUGGGUAGAAGCUAACCUAUAUACCAUGUACAUAUCAUCUGAGUUUAUUGCACCUCUGAGUACUGUAAGUAUGUUUUCUUAUGGCCAUUACAUAAUAAUAUAUAUUCCUAUUGAGGUUUAUUGUUCUGGUGUUUGUCGUCUUUUGCAUUCUUUUGUGUUCUGACUAAUAAUCCAUUGAUCUGUACUCUAUGACUGCAACUGUUGAUUUCAAUGAGAGGGGAAUCCUAAAUGCUGCAAUUUAAAGGAUCAAAUUUUGAGAUUAUGAAUGUUGGAAGUUUUAUUUUAUAUCAUAGACAUUGCCUCUCCAAGUGUGCUUAAUAUUUAGGCUC